AUGAAUUCUAAAUCAUCGCCGUACGCUAAAAAUUGGACUGCAGAUGACACCACAGGCAAAACGAAACAAAACACGAUUGCUACCGCGAUAACAUCAGUGAAGCGGUUUGGUGCGAGGCGGAGGAAAUGGCUGCUGCCGUUCGUGUCUCUGGGAAUUGUGGUAGUUGUGUUGGUGGUUGUCUUAUCGGUCUUGGGGGUACAGGGACGACUGGGUAGAAAGAAAGAUGAUAAAGGGGUAGUAAAGACAAUAGAUGGGUUGUCGAGACCAUGGUAUCCCACCCCACGAGGCGGAACGGUUGAAAGUUGGGCUGCCAGCUACGAAAAGGCCCAGCAAUUAGUGAGCAAAAUGAGCCUCGUUGAAAAAGUCAAUGUUACUACAGGUGUUGGCUGGGCCAAUGGGCUGUGUGUGGGGAACACUGGUCCAGCUACUUCGGUGGGCUUCCCAUCGCUUUGUCUACAGGAUGGACCCCUGGGCCUUCGUUUUGCCGAUAAUAUCUCAGCGUUUCCUGCCGGUGUCACCAUUGGUGCGACAUGGAACCGUGAUUUAAUGUACAAAAGGGGGCUCGCACUCGGAAGAGAAGCACGUCGCAAGGGAGUCAAUGUUCUUCUUGGCCCAGCUCUGGGUCCCAUUGGGGUCCUACCUGCAGGCGGGAGGAAUUGGGAAGGUUUUGGUUCCGAUCCCGUUCUCCAAGGUAUUGCAGCUGCACAAACCAUUCGUGGUAUUCAGGAUAACGGCGUGAUGGCAACUGCGAAACAUUUUAUACUAAAUGAACAAGAGCAUUAUCGCCAAGGAGGUGAAUGGGGAAUUCCGAGUGCGAUGUCGUCAAAUGUUGAUGAUCGUUCUCUCCGGGAAGUGUAUGUUUGGCCAUUUGCAGAAAGUGUACGGGCUGGCGCAGCAAGUGUGAUGUGUGCAUAUCAGAUGGUGAAUAAUUCUUACUCGUGUCAGAAUAGUUUGCUUUUAAACGGCAUUCUCAAGGACGAGCUCGGAUUCCAGGGUUUCGUCCAGUCAGACUGGUUGGCACAACGGAGUGGGGUUGCUAGUGCUCUUGCUGGCUUGGAUGUCUCAAUGCCUGGGGAUGGACUAGGUUGGAAGGAUGGGAUCUCGCUAUGGGGGAGCCGUUUGACGCAAGCUGUUUUGAAUACGUCCGUGCCAAUUGAUCGAUUGAAUGAUAUGACAACGAGGGUAGUGGCCGCCUGGUACCAGUUGAAGCAGGACUCAUGGCCGAAACCGCCUCCUGAGGGAGAUGGAGGGCCAAACUUCUCGUCCUGGACUAAGGAGGAGAUCGGUCGUCUGCACGAAGGGAGUCCGGACGACGAUGCCAAAGGGGUCGUUAAUAAAUUUAUCAAUCCGCAAGGUGAAGGGAAAGAUGCGCACGGCCCACUUGCUCGUGAAAUUGCAGCGGAAGGGACAAUUUUGCUAAAGAAUGUAAAUGGAUUCCUUCCACUCUCGAGGGAUGGCCCUCAAUUAUCAGACGAAAGGUAUCGUGUCGGUGUUUAUGGAGAAGAUGCCGGAGCCGGUGAUGGCCCGAACGCUUGUGAGGACAGAGGAUGCAAUCAAGGAACCCUGGCGUCAGGCUGGGGUAGUGGAGCUGUGAACUUUCCCUAUCUGAUAACGCCAUGGAAAGCUCUAAGCAAUGCAUUCAACAAACAGUCGGUAACGGUAUCUGGCUACCUAACAAACUCCAAGGUUCCAUCCGAAAAUAUGCAUGACAAGGACUUGUGCCUCGUUUUCGCGAAUGCUGCUUCCGGGGAAGGGUUCCGGUCAUGGGAAGACAUCCGUGGCGAUAGGAACGACCUCUUUCUCCAAAAGAAUACCGAUGACCUUGUUUCCACUGUGGCAACUGAGUGUGGUGGCGGCAAUGGCAGCACAGUAGCAGUUAUCCAUUCUGUCGGGCCUGUGAUUGUUGAGUCUUGGAUCAAUCAUCCGGGGAUUAGGGCAGUACUUCUAGCCAACUUACCUGGACAGGAGAGUGGAAAUGCUCUGGUUGACAUUUUAUUUGGUGAUAUGGACGCAAGUGGCAGGCUUCCAUAUACCAUGGGAAAAAGCCUGGAUGAUUACGGCCCUCAAGCUGGCGUCCUCUAUAAGUCCGAUGACCCUAUUCCUCAAAAGGAUUUUUCUCACGGGCUCUUUAUCGAUUACCGCUAUUUCGACAUCAACAACAUCACUCCUCGAUAUGAGUUCGGGUACGGCCUAUCAUAUACGACUUUCAACAUUUCCAACCUAAUUCUCCAGCCUUUGAAAAACAGGACAUCCCUCCCGUCCCCUAGGCCACAACAGAAGUCCCCACCGUCCUAUGAUAACACGAUUCCCAAUCCCAAAUCUGCUUUAUUCCCCAAGGGGUUCAGGAAACUAAUGAAAUACAUAUACCCAUACAUUAACUCCGUAAACGACGUUAAAAGAAAGACCCCGUAUAGAUAUCCCAGCGGCUACCAUGAUGCUCAAACUCCUUCCCCAGCCGGAGGAGGUGAGGGUGGUAAUCCAUCUCUCUUCGAUAACUUUGUCAUCGUAACUGUUACCGUUAACAACACAGGAACCCGCACCGGAAAGGAUGUUAUACAGGUCUAUAUCUCAUUUCCGAGUGACAUCGUUGAUGAGCCUCUGGCGGAGAUGCCCACUAAUACCACUGUAGCCACCAGCACAACCAGCGACACGAAAUUCAACAACAGCACGACCACUGGCAGGACAAAAGAGCCUAUCGAUUUCCCUGUCCGCGUGCUACGAAAUUUCCAGAAAGUAGAGCUCCAGCCAGGCCAAGCUGUGAAUGUGAGCUUGCCGCUGACGCGCAAAGAUCUGAGUUACUGGAGUGUUGUGAAUCAGAAUUGGGUUAUGCCUGUCAAUGGGCGGUUUAAGGUCUGGGUUGGGAGGAGUUCAAGGGAGUUGCCGCUUAUGGGCGAGUUCUAA